ACCAAAACAAAACAAAAACGUGAAUUAGUGAAAGCAUGGCAUUUUGGUGCUCGGAAGAAACCAAUCAAUAAAAUGCUGUCGUCGAGUGCGUUUUAAUGGAAUAAGCCAUUCAUAAAGGCUUGUUCUAAUAAUUACCUUUAUUAAAUCAAGGAAGGGGCCCUAUUUACCAUAUUACACGAUUACUUUGCAUUUCGCCGUAUAAAUUUUAUUGAUAAACGUGUGGGGAUAUAAGGAAGUCCCACUCAGGCAGUUUAAAUUUGCUCUGACCUGUCCGCCGUCUCCCACCUUUUUAUAAAGUGUUGUUCUAACUAUGCUGUCUGCAGUUCGGGUCAUUAGUGCGCGUUCGUACUCAAAUGUGGCGCCCACGACAAAACUCUUCAUCGAUGGUAAAUUUCAAGAAUCUCAAACGACGCAAUGGAUAGAGCUUCACGAUCCGGCGACCAACAAUCUUGUUACGAGAGUUCCUCAAAGCACCAAGUCGGAAAUGAACGCCGCCGUUGAAUCGGCAAGAAAUGCGUAUCAAAGUUGGAAACGUACGACCGUUUUAACCCGACAACAGUUGAUGUUAAAACUGCAACACGUUAUUCGUCGCGACAUGAAAAAGUUGGCGGCAAAUAUUACUUUAGAACAGGGCAAAACUUUGGCGGAUGCGGAAGGAGAUGUUAUGCGAGGAUUGCAGGUGGUGGAGCAUAGCUGCUCAGCAGGUUCUCUUCUUCAGGGGGAGUCGUUACAAAAUAUAGCAACUGAUAUGGAUUGCGUCUCGUAUAAGCUUCCGUUAGGAGUGACGGCCGGUAUUUGUCCAUUUAAUUUUCCCGCAAUGAUUCCGUUAUGGAUGUUUCCUUUGGCACUGAUUGCUGGUAAUACAUCUAUCAUAAAGCCUUCCGAACGGGAUCCAGGGGCAACUAUGCUACUAAUGGAAUUGUUAAAUGAAGUUGGAUGCCCUCCUGGUGUUGUUAAUGUCAUCCACGGCUCGCGAGAUGCUGUCAACUUCAUAUGCGAUAAUCCAGACAUAAAGGCAAUCAGUUUUGUUGGUUCGGAUACUGCCGGGCAGUAUAUCUACCAACGCGGAUGCGCCAAUGGCAAACGUGUCCAAUCGAACAUGGGCGCCAAAAAUCACGCGGUUGUGUUGCCAGACGCCAAUAAGGAGAUGAGCAUUGACCAGCUUUGUGGGGCUGCUUUUGGAGCCGCCGGUCAAAGAUGCAUGGCCAUCAGUGUCGCAGUAUUAGUGGGCGAAGCCCAAAAAUGGAUUCCUGAUAUAGUAGCAAGAGCAAAGAAGUUGAAAGUAAACGCAGGUCAUGAACCAGGAACCGACGUCGGUCCGGUAAUCUCGCCUGUCGCAAAAGAAAGGAUCUGCCACUUAAUAGAGUCUGGAAUUAAGCAAGGAGCCAAAUGCGAUUUAGACGGUCGAAAUGUAGUCGUUGAAAAGUAUCCAAAAGGCAACUUUGUUGGCCCGACUAUUCUAAGCAAUGUGAGACCAAGCUACGACUGUUAUAAGCAAGAAAUAUUCGGGCCGGUGCUCAUCAUCGUGCAUGCAGAUACAAUGGAGGAGGCGAUAGAAAUUAUAAAUUCAAAUCCAUAUGGCAACGGAACAGCGAUCUUUACAACAAGUGGAAGCAAUGCGAGGCAGUUCGUCAAUGAAAUAGAUGUUGGCCAAGUGGGCGUUAAUGUACCUAUUCCUGUUCCUUUACCGAUGUUUAGUUUUACUGGUUCAAGAGGUAGUUUCUGGGGUGAUUUGCAUUUCUAUGGAAAACAAGGCCUCAAUUUCUAUACCCAGACAAAGACGAUUACGUCAAUGUGGAGGAAAGGACAAUCUCUCACUAAGAGCACUGUUUCGAUGCCAGUGCAUACAUAGAGAGAUCCUAUGCAUGUUUUUCAAUCAAUAAUAUUUACCAAUUAUAUAUAUUUUUAAUAUACCUA